AUGGAUCAAUCCAGUACUUUGAUUGGGAAUUCUCUUUACUGGUUACAUACCUAUGCGGCGAUUGUGCUUCAUGACCAUGGUGAGUAUUUCGUACUUGAGUUUGAUCUGAAUAGUCAGAGCCUAGCCGUGACCGAGCUGCCGGCACACAUAGAACCCGGGUAUCACACAUUGAGGAUUAUGCCUGCCGAAGAUGGUGGGCUUGGCUUCAUCCAUCUCUCACGAUUCAAUGCCCAAUUAUGGAAGAGAAAGCCUGAUUAUGAUGGUUCAGCUGCAUGGGUGCUCGACAGAGCUAUUGAUUUCGGGGAACUUAGAUCAACUUGGAAGGGGGACUCCCUCACUUUAGUUGGGUUUGCCGAGGAGAGUAAUGCAAUCCUUGUAUCGACAGCUUCUGGUGUCUUCGUGGUCUAUCUCCAGUCAAUGGAGUUUAAGAAAGUUUCUAAUACGGUGUUCUUCUUUUCCCAUUAUCCAUAUGAAUGUUGCUAUGCUGCAGUGAUGUAA